AUGACGGUCCCAAAGAUCCUCGUAUGCCGUCGGAUGCCCACGGAAGUGCUCAAGCGCGCGGAAGCAGCGGGCAAGGUCGAACUCAUCACGCAGCCCGAGUCCGAUGGCGAGCGGGCGCCCUCGCGCUCGUGGGUACUCUCAAAUCUCCCUGGCUGUGCUGGAGCGGUCAUUUGUCUCAGCGAGAAAGUAGACGCCUCCUUCCUCGACGCUGCCGGCCCCUCGCUCAAGGUGAUCUCGACCAUGAGUGUGGGGUACGACCACAUUGACCUGCCUCUGGUCAAGUCGCGCGGGAUCUGCGUCGGCAACACACCUCGCGUACUCGACGAUGCGGUGGCGGAAGUGUGUCUGCUUCUCGCGCUGAUGGUGACGCGGCAGGUGCCGGUCGCGACGCGGACGGUGCGAGAGGGAGAAUGGCCCAACUUCCCCUGGACCCCGACGUGCUUCAUGGGCCCAAGUAUAGCUGGCAAGACAGUGGGGUUGUUGGGCUUUGGCAACAUCAGUCAGUCGCUGUGCAAGCUGCUGGUGCCGUUCAAGCCCAAGAGGAUACUGUACACCACAUCGAGGGAGAGGAAAUUCGACAGGGAGGACAAGUACUUUGCCUCAUUGAUGAGGGACGGUUUCCCGGUGGACAGGAUUGGGGUCGAGAACGAGCCGGAGCCGAUUGAGCUGGCGAAAAAGGCGGAUUUGGUGUUUGUGCUGGUCGAUCUGAAUGCCAGCACAAAGCAUAUCGUAGGCAAGAAGUUCCUCGAAGCGAUGAAACCCUCAGCAUACAUCAUCAAUGCCUCGCGCGGCGGCACUGUCGACACAGCCGCCCUCGUCGAAGCGCUUCGCAACAACCAGAUCGCCGGUGCUGGACUCGACGUUGUCGAAGGAGAGCCAGGCAUCCACGCGGAUCACCCGCUGCUAUCGGCCGACGUGCGGGACAAGGUCGCGCUGCUGCCUCACAUUGGUAGUGGCACGACCGAGACGAGACAGGCGAUGGCGGAUAUGACGAUGAACAACCUGCUCGGCGCCUUGGGACUGAGGGAAGAGCAGGGCAAGGAAGCCGAGAUGGACGCCGAGUUGUAG